GCUGGACUUGGAUGGAAAACUCAUUGUUUUAGGGUGAGGCAUCAUUUAUUAGACUGACUCCCACCACUGUCAAGUCAUUCCACACAGACGCAGAGAAUCUCAUUUCUGCCGAUUAUUUCAGCUUGUGAAAAUGGAGCCUUUGUCUGCAGCAAACACAAGAUUUUCUCUCAACCUGUUCAAGAAGGUCAGCGGAGGAAAUGCCUCAAAAAAUGUGUUCUACUCUCCGAUCAGCAUCUCCUCGGCUCUGGCCAUGGUGUCUCUCGGAGCUAAAGGAAACACGGCGGUGCAGAUGUUUAAGGUGCUCAGCUUUACCAGUCCUCCCACACACUGCGGGACGCCAGUACCUGAUGUUUCAAUGGACCAAACUCAUUCCAGCUUCAACAAGCUCAUGAGUGAACUCAACAAACCAGGAGUCCCGUAUGUGUUGAGUCUCGCCAACCGCCUCUAUGGAGAGCAAUCCUACCAGUUUGUGGAGAAAUUCCUCAAUGAUGCAAAAAAAUACUAUGAAGCCGGACUGGAGAAGGUGGAUUUUAAGAAAAAUUCAGAGGCUGCGCGUGUCAACAUCAACAAAUGGGUCGAGAAAAAAACACAAGAGAAGAUCAAGGAUUUGUUGCCACCAAGAAGUGUCAGUGAAAUGACAAAACUGGUCUUGGUGAACGCCAUCUACUUCAAGGGAAACUGGGAGAAGAAAUUCAAAAAGGAAGCCACCACAGACGGACAGUUCAAGCUGAACAAGACUCAAACUAAACCAGUGAAGAUGAUGCACCAGAAGUCAAAAUUUCCUCUGGCCUUAAACCCAGAGAUUGACAGCCAGGUUCUGGAGCUGCCGUAUGUCGGGAAGAAUCUCAGUAUGUUGAUCAUCCUUCCUAACAAGAUUCAAGACGAAACCACCGGCCUUCAGAAGCUUGAAAAGGCCCUGACCUACGAGAAGCUGAUGGAGUGGACCAAACCCAGCAAGAUGCUUCAAGAGGAAGUUCAAGUAUCUCUGCCCAAAUUUAAGAUGACAGAAACCUACGGGUUGGUGCAGUUUCUGCGCAGCAUGGGAAUGGAGGAUUUGUUUGAUGAGAAGAAGGUCAAUCUUUCAGGCAUGACUCCCAACAAAGACCUGGUGGUUUCAGAGGUGAUUCACAAAGCCUUUGUUGAAGUAAACGAGGAAGGAACCGAAGCGGCUGCAGCCACCGCCACGGUCGGUCUAACAGCUUCAAUGCCAGUCGACCCAAAAAUCUUUACUGCAGAUCAUCCGUUCAUUUUCUUCAUCCGUCAUAAUCCCUCCAACAGCAUUCUGUUUUAUGGACGCUUCUGUUCCCCUUGAAGAUAGUGAUGAUGCAUUUGAUAAAUAAAGGCUCUAGAUAAUUGGUCUACUCACUUGCUUUCACUAUAUUGAAUCAUGACUUCUGACACAAAACAGAUUACAUAAUAAAGAUGUACCAGUCAUGUCAAUAGUUUUUUGUGUAACGAAAAUGGCUGCGAACAAAAUUAUGACAAAAUAAAUAAUAAAUAAAUAUGAGAUGAAUAAAA